AUGAAUUUCGUAUUUUUUUCUAAUUUUUUAUUUAAUUUAAAAUUGUCUAUAUGCCUUUUCUUCUAUGUUUGGGCAAUGCUUGGAUGGCCUUUUUGUUCAACUGUUUUAAUCUUAUAUUUAUUAUUUUCACCAAAACUUUGGUUUUUUCUUUUAAUUUAUUUUAUUUGGCUUUUUUAUGAUUGGCAAACACCAAAACGGGGCUCUAGACCAUUAAAAUGGUUUAGAGAAUUGUUUUUAUGGAAAGUAUUGGCUGAUUAUUUUAAUUUUAAAUUGGUUAAGACUGCAGAAUUAAAUAAUGAAAGAAAUUAUAUUUUUGGAGUACAUCCACAUGGAGUACUUGCUACAGGAAGUGCUUUAACUUUCGGAACAGAUGCAACAAACUUUAAAACUUUAUUUCCCGAGAUUGAUGUUAGAAUUGCAACACUUCCAGUUAAUUUUUGGUUUCCUUUGAGAAGAGAAUUUCUUUUAGCACAUGGAAUAAUUUCCACAGAUUUUGAAUCUUUAAAUUAUUUUUUGAAUAAAUCAAAAAGUGGAAAAGCAGUAGCAAUUGUAACUGGAGGUAUUUCUGAAAUGCUUAAUUCAAAACCUGGCGAACAUACUUUAACAUUAGCAAACAGAAAGGGAUUCAUUAAAUUGGCAUUAAAAUGCGGUGCAGAUUUAGUUCCAGUUUAUAAUUUUGGAGAAGAUAAAGUUUUUAUUAAUUUUCCAAAUCCAAAAAAUAGUUUAAUUUGGAAAUAUCAACAAUUUAUGAGAGAAUUAACAAUCCCUUUUUUCAAAAAUUUAUGUUUUCCUUUGGCUUAUGGUUGUAGUUUUUUGACUUUGUUUUUGCCUAAUAAUUUAGCAAAUAAAUUACCUUCAUUUUUGUUUUAUGGAAUUUUACCCUUUAAAGAAAGAAUUACUUCAAUUGGUAAGUAA